UCCCUGUUUAUCCAUUUUUAAAGGAAAGGGACGCAACGGUCACGGUAUAGGGGAGGCACUGGAAUCUGGAACACCGGUUCUGCCACUUGUUUUCUGUAAGUCGCCGCGCCCCUCCUCGCGCAGAAAAAUAAGUGGAUGGCGGGGAUGCUUAUCCCGACGAUCACUGAGAGCCCUGGUGGGCAGCUGGGGAACCUGUGGGUCUGAGAUGCUGCAGCGGCCCCGCCCGCGGAAGCCGGGGAGCCAUUGGGAAUCAAGCCGCCUUCGCGGCCUCACCCCCGCGCUCAGGUCGCUUAGCAACCAGGGGCCGUCGGGAAGCCGGCCGGGGGUGCGCUGGGUAAGCCCCGCUGCCCGCCUCCACCCGGUCUACAGUUCCAGGCCCUUCCAUCAGGCCCCCUCCCCCGCCAGCGUCCUGCACUCCCGCUCUCUCCGCCGCUCCUCCCGGCUCUAACCUAUCCGGCCAGACGCUUGGCAACGGUUACUAAGCCCGAGAGCAGGCGCUGCCCCGCCCCCAGUGCGCGUAUCUGACGUCACUUCCGCCGGCGACCCCUCCCCGACCCUGCCCCCUGCCUCUCGCACCUUGUCAAAAGCGGGAGCGACCCACAGAGGUGCACGCCUGCUCCUUUGGGGGCGCGGGAGUCUGGGGGCUGCCAUGGCCCCCAGCCACCUGUCGGUGCGGGAGAUGAGGGAAGAUGAGAAACCCUUAGUGCUGGAAAUGCUGAAGGCUGGCGUGAAGGACACAGAGAACCGCGUGGCCCUUCACGCGCUGACCCGGCCACCGGCCCUGCUCCUCCUGGCUGCAGCCAGCAGCGGCCUUCGCUUCGUCCUGGCCUCCUUCGCCCUGGCCCUCCUCCUGCCCGUGUUCCUGGCUGUGGCUGCCAUGAAGCUGGGCCUGCGGGCCCGCUGGGGCUCGCUGCCCCCGCCCGGCGGCCUCGGGGGGCCCUGGGUGGCAGUGAGGGGCUCGGGAGACGUGUGCGGGGUCCUGGCCCUGGCCCCAGGCUCCAGUGCCGGGGAUGGGGCCCGGGUCACCCGCCUCUCGGUGUCCCGUUGGCACCGCCGCCGAGGUGUAGGCAGGCGCCUGCUGGCCUUUGCUGAGUCCCGGGCGCGAGCCUGGGCUGGCGGCAUGGGGGAGCCCCGAGCACGCCUGGUGGUCCCAGUGGCCGUGGCAGCCUGGGGCGUGGCCGGGAUGCUGGAGGGCUGUGGCUACCAGGCCGAGGGGAGCUGGGGCUGCAUGGGCUACACGCUGGUGCGGGAGUUCAGCAAGGAACUGUGACUGCAGACCCUAGUGGGAGGAAAAGCAGUACUUAGUGAGCACCUGCUGUGUGCAGGCACUUCCACACCAUCCUUCCCACCUCCCCCACCAGGGCCCAGCAGCUGAGGCCCACAGAGGGCAAGAGACCCCGCCACAGCCUGAUGCCCAUCCGUAGUGUUUGAACUUCUUAGAGGGGUCAACUCGUCCAACCCCUGCCUCAGAUUCUGUCUGCACGGAGAAAUCUUAUCUGUCUGUCUGCCAAGCCUGUGUCGCUUGUGUUAUGACAUGUGGCAGGAGAGGAGGCCGAGCACGUAUGCUCCCCACUGGGGUUAGGACUUCGCAGGGGCACCCCAAACAGGGAUGAGGGCCCCCCCAGCCCCGGAGGGUAGGGUGGGGGGCGAUGCCCAUGCUUGGAGGGGGUGAGGCUGCAGAGGCAGAGAGGGGCUGAGCGAAGCCUCUGCAGGGGAGGGUUGUCUGGAGAGAGCCCCAGGGAGGGAGUGGUGGGCACAGGGUGGCCCGGUCAGCCCCUCCCCAGGAAGGUGGGAGCCCAGAGGGGCGGCCAGACCCAUCUGGUUUUUUACACCCGUUUGUUAAUAAAGCCUGUAACCGCUGCG